GCUUCCGGCGUGACGUCACAUCAGUCCGGUGUUGUGCUCAUGGCGGCGGAGGAGAGGUGGUACUUCACCAAGGAGGAACUCAACAAUUCUCCCAGCAGAAGAUGUGGAAUAGAUGCAGAGAAAGAACUAUCCUACCGCCAGCAGGGCGCCAACCUUAUCCAAGACAUGGGCCAGAGGCUGCAAGUUAACCAGCUGGCCAUCAACACCGCCAUCGUGUAUAUGCAUCGCUUCUACAUGUUUCACCCAUUCACUCGCUUUCACCGGAAUGCCAUCGCACCAGCCGCCCUCUUCCUGGCAGCCAAGGUGGAGGAGCAGCCCAGGAAGUUGGAACAUGUCAUCAAAGUGGCCUAUCACUGCCUCUUCCGUGACCAGCCGCCACUUGACACACAGUCUGAGGGUUACCUGGAGCGAGCUCAGGAGUUGGUGGUCAAUGAGAACAUCCUCCUACAAACCCUGGGCUUUGAUGUUGCCAUAGACCACCCUCACACCCAUGUAGUCAAGUGCUGUCAUCUCGUGCGCGCCACCAAAGAUUUGGCCCAAACCUCGUAUUUCAUGGCUACCAGCAGUCUUCAUAUGACCACCAUGUGCCUCCAGUACAAGCCAACAGUGGUGGCCUGUGUGUGCAUCUACAUAGUCUGCACCUGGAGCCACUAUGAAAUCCAGAGGGCAACGGAGGGCAAAGACUGGUUUUGGUAUGUGGACAAGACAGUCACGCUGGAAUUGCUGGAGACCCUGACGGCUGAGUUCCUUGCCAUCUUAGACAAGUGCCCCAACCGACUCAAGAAGAUCAUGAACUCCUUGCAACACACUGAGGACCGGGGACGCAGUAAUCAGCCAGGCUCCUCCUCCACAGCAGCCCCUCUUCGCUCCAGCAUCCCUGGGAGUGGUCAGUCAUCCACAGUGGCCUCACAUGUGCUUGAAUCCUACAACUCCCACAGUAAAGCAGCUAUCAAAGUGCCACCAGCCCAGGCCCAUCAGCACCAGCAGCCAUCAAAGCUGAACCUGAAAGAGUAUAACAAACGUGAGAAGGAAAGAAGAGAGCGAGAGAAGAUGAGAGACAGGGAUGUGAUUGACCCAAGAGAUAGUAAUAAGUUUGCUCUGGUGUCAACAUCUCACUCCUCUCAGGCUGUUGCGUCUGCUGUGGCAACCAUUGCAUCUUCUCAUGCUGCCAUGCAUGCUGGGUUGCCUGUUCGCUCAAAGAGCAGCAGUAGUCGAGGAAGUAGUCACCCAGAACACCUUAAAGCUUCUGCUGUGCACAGUAGUAACCACAAGACUCACAGCCACAGUACCUCUCAAGUGGUUCGGGACUCACAGCCCUCCCUUGAGUCCUUAAGAGUCAGUACAGAAACACCUAGACAGGAGCAGCUCCAGCAGCAACAACAACAGCAGCAGCAACAGCAUCAACAGCAGCAACCGCAGCAACCGCAGCAACAAAGGAGGGACCUGAGUGCACGUAGUGAUAGUGAACGCUAUGACAAAGGUAGCAGGACUAGUAGCAGUGCUGUAGAUGGGAGAUUACAGGGAGAUGUGAAACCUAGUGUAUCAGACAUUAGACAGCAGCAAUUGUUAGAUGUGAAACCUUCUAGACAGUCAUUAGAAUCUGCAUCAAUAGAAAGGAAAAAAGAAAUAAAACUUGAACAGAAAAGUGUAGAGCGCAAACCUCCCGAGCCAAAGCCAGAGCAACCAAAGGAAGAAGUGAAAUCACAGUACAAUACAAUAUUUCAUAAUAGUGACUUACCCGAGUUUGCUCUCAGUGACUUCAUGAAUGACAACUCGUUCCUUAACUUGGGUGACGGGCCACCAGACCAACUCUUUGACAAUUCAGACACAGAGACUAAGCCGGAUAUUUCUGCAAUAAUAGAGGAUAACAGUCUGCUGCCACCUCCUUCACAACAGAAAAAUAAGUCCCCUGUCUCGUGCCAGCAGCAACAGGUACCUGCACCACAAACACAGCAUCAGCAUGCAAGUAAUAAUGUAACAACAAAUGCAAGCAGUGCUGGUGGUAAUAGUGACCUGAGAGUGUCCGAAAAUGCUAGUACAACUGCGGGGGCGAAUCACCACAGUGUGCGACACCACGGUACCACCAACGGUUCUGUCGCUCCAUCACAACCCACUCACACCACACCUCAGACCUCAAAGAGUUCAAGUAGCAAACGAUCAAGAGAAGCAGAGAAGAAGAGCAGUGAGCGGGCGAGUACUGAAGCCGAGCUGGUGCCUAUGGUCACAAAGCUGGAGGACACCAGGUAUCGCACUGCACUGAGUGAUCCUGCUACGCCCAUCAAGGUGCGUGCGGAUGCUGCAAAUGCAGCUGCCACAAAUACUCCUGUAAAGCCACCAGCUGCACCUGCCCUCAGCACACCAGCAGCUCCAGUAGAGGUGCCACAGAAACCCCCUAUUGAACCAGUCUUGAGGUUGAAGGUACCACAGCCUGAACACCCCAAGGAGCCACCAGCAGAGUCAGCGGUGCCAGUGGUGGUGAGCAGUGCCCUUAUCACUGAACACAAGAAACACAAGAAUGACCAUCCACACCACAAGCACAAGGAGAAGAAGAAACAUAAACAUAAAGAAAAAGAUAAGUAUAAGGAUAAAGAACACAAGGAACACAAAGAACACAAGGAGAAAAAGAAGCACAAAAAGCACAAAGACAAAGACAAAGACAGGGAUAAGGCAUCUCGUGCCACUGCAGCUGCCAGUGCAGGUGAUGGAGGCACAGCACCCAUCAAAAUAACCAUCCCCAAGGACAAAAUUCUUUACACCCCAAAGAAUUUGUCAGUUCCUCUGAGGACCCAUGCUGCCUCCGCACCACCAGCCCCAGUCACCAUCCCCACCACCAAUCCCAACACCACUUCCAACACACCCAGCAUCCCCAAGUUCAAGAUUGACAAGUCCAAGUUGAACAAGAAGGAUUUGUUUGGUGGCACCUCGUCCACCUCCCCUGAGAGCAGCCCAGCUGGUGACCUGGCCCGUGACACACCCACUACCUCGUUGAAGAUCAAGAUCAGUCGGGACCGCCUUCGUCCAGAUAAGGAAUCAAAGAAGAGAGAAAGAGAUCACAGUCCAGGAGAAGUCCCUGUGGCGAAGCUCCCAAGAAAUGGCAACGAGGUGCGGUCCAGCCAUGCAGCGCCUCAGGUACCCAUAAAGGACUUGGAUCCCAGUAGGUGGAGCUCUCAGAGGCAGUAGUACUAGCACACAGUUCUAGGCAACUGACCUGACAUGAUCUAGCCUUCCUGACCCAACAUGAGCUGGUAUUAUAUUUCUUACCUUACCUGGGCCACAAGGCAAUAUGUUGUUAAGGCACAUAUAUUUUGCUAGUGCCUUUAAUAUCUUAUGGAAAAGAGCUUAUACUAGAUGAAAUCUUAAGAGAAUUGUACAGUUGAUUUAAUUGUCUUAUAAAUAAUGAGUGUAAUGGUAAAGUUGUCUGUAGUAGUGCUAGUUCUGUGAGCCAGGAGGGGAGAGAGCGUAUGAGGUGGACCAGCUCUGGGGUCGGGAGCGUGGGGCUGUGCUGGUGGUGGGUGCAAGGGGGGGACACAGCCUCUUACAACACAUGUAGUGUGUUAUGCUAAUGUCCGCUUAGUUGGGUGUGGCUCAGCCUGCACUGGGAAGUCCUUCGUUGUAACUAUGUUUGUUUCCACGGUCUUUUAUCCUCUGGCACAUUACGGGUCAACUGGCAGGCAGUCAUGGGUUUCUUUGCUCGGCAUUCCAUGAGUAGUUGAAUCAGUGUCAGCACAAUAUUGAGUCAUUUCCCAGACCCCACACGCCACCCAUCCUCUGCCGCUCACUCCCCACCACUGGCAACAAGCUGGGUCCAAUCGCAAAGCUUGCCCAUGCUCGGUCAGUGUGGCAACAUGUCAGCCUCAGUGUGCCUUUACAACAUGCUAGUACACCCAAGUUGCCUGAGAGCCAUGGGCCACUGUAAGAACUCCUUCCUCUGUGGCUGCUUGAGGUCCUUACUCCUGGAGGACGAGGCACUGCACAGGUCUUCUGGUCGUCGGCUGUGAUGAGUCACCACCUCGGCCCGUUGCUGCUGCGGCUGUGGUUGUGACACUUUAUCCUCAACAUUUUCUCUUCACAUUGACUUGUUUCCCUCUCCCUGCAACAUAACUUCAGAACAGAAAGUUAUCUAUACCUAGAAAUGUUUAAUCUUGAGCUGUUCGUUUUGUAUUGUACUUACUACUUACGCAUCAUAAUCAUACUACACAGAGCUUGUAUCAUCAGCAUGUAUGUGUUAUGUUGUGAGGGUUUUAAGUGAAAGUUUUGUCUUCUCAAUGAGAAGAUCUGCAGGAACUCGUGUUUUCAGAGUUUCUUGUUAGCCUCCAGUUCUCCCGACAAUGGAAGCUACUUUGGUUCACACACUCAGGUACUCUCAUGGUAACACCAGCAGUCAUAUUUACUCUGCAUAACGUUGAAAUAACCUUAUCUGUUUAUAAAUAUUUAUUAUUUACUAUUAAUGUUAUUCUUGUGUUGUUAGUUUGUGAACCAAAUAUCAAUGCAUCUGGCAAAGGAAACUGUUCAAGUUUUGCUCAAUGCUUUUUGUGAUGAAUCAUGGACAAACCCCAUGCAUUAGUUUUUGUAUAGCAGUUGUUGUACAAAGUGAAACAAUGUUUUUGUAAACUUAA